AUGCAAGUUCCUGAUUCUGAUAUGCAACAUAACGUGUUAAUCGAAGCAGUUGAAAACCAUAUGCCUCAAGUGAUUGUAAUCGAUGAAAUUGGGACAAAACUUGAAGCAACAACUGCAAUUACUAUCGCACAACGUGGGAUUCAGUUAGUUGCAACUGCUCAUGGAAUUACAAUAGAUAAUUUAGUCAUGAAUCCUUCUUUAGAAAUGCUUGUUGGAGGAAUUCAAAGUGUGACUCUUGGAGAUGAUGAAGCAAAUCGAAGAGGUGUUCAGAAAUCAGUUUUGGAAAGAAAAGGUCCUUCUACUUUUGAUUGUGCUGUUGAGAUCAUUUCUAGGGUUGAAUUGAGAGUUCAUACUAGUCUUGAAGCUACAGUCGAGGCUAUUGUCUAUGGUCGUUCCCCAAAAUAUCAAAUUUGCAAGUUAAACGAGGGAGUUUUGGAUGCAACUUUACAAAGUGAUCAAAUUGUUCCCGAUUCAUUUGUCAAGAAGAGUGUCACUACGAUUGAAAUGAAAAAUGACCAUCUUACCCCUGACAAACACAUAUCCAAAGAUAGGCUUUGCGGUUUCUAA